AUGUUCGGAAUCCAGCAUCACCCAGACCUAACACGGAAGAGGGGACGUGACGAUGAGGAGGACAUGCACAAUGGCACUCUGAGCUUUGGUGAACACAGAAACAAACGCCUUCAAUGCCUACCACUCCGAACAUCGCCGACGUCCUCGAAGCGCUGGUCUACGCCCGUCAUACCGCUCAAUGCCGCUCCUUGCACUCUGACACCAGGCGAUUCGGACUCGGAGGAACAGCCCAGGUCACACUUCUCGCCAUGGUCCUCAUCACCCGCACCCAUGUCUUGCCAGCCCUCGCCAUUUGGUCCGACCGAGCCUGAUCGUGACAUGGACAUGAUGGACACAAUGUCGCCGCCGCCUAUCCCGCAGCAGCACAUCCAGUCGGACCAGCCCGCCUCUGUCAACGGCCGCAUGCCCACCCCGAUUCAGCCAAACUUUUCCUCCCAAUUCAUGAAUGGCGGCUCCUCGGCUCGCGACUGGCGUGGCCCGGGACCCGCCGUCAGCCAUCGUACCGGCGUCGUGAAUAUGGGCCACAUGCACGCCGGCUUCGGCAGCGACGAGUCCCGCUCCAUUCCCCGUACCAUGGAGGGCACCGACGAUUGGCAUGCUGUCCAGAAUCGCCGUCUGCCAUCGCCUAUUAGUGAAGGCGAGGACUCGGCCAGCCAUCUGGGCAGUGGAAGCCUUAGCCCUCCAGGAAUGGUCCUCGACAACGGCUUUCCGUCCAACCUGACUGCCCGCUUAGAACAGUCAUCUCUCAACGGACACGGCCAUCACGAUAUGGGCAUGAUGGAGGUGGAGGACCACUCGCACAUGAUGAGCGAUGAUCCCGUCACUACCACCAUUGACGCCGCCCCCCUUGAAACGACGUCAGCACCGGCAACACCCUCGCCUGGACGCAAGGGACACAUCCGAUCUAGGCACACUGUCAACUCGUGGACUUGGCAGCCUGGCAUGAAGAAGAGCUUCAGUAUUGGUUACCGUGCUGAUUGCGAAAAGUGCCGCCUCAAGGUGCCGGGCCACUUUAAUCACAUUGUUGUCUCAUAG